AUGCCAGGCAAGAGGCCGGAGCCGGCAGAGGUCCUGACCCCGCGGAGGGCAGGCAGACCGAGAGCCCGGAGCGUCUCUGCCGGUUCGGCCCAGACGGGGAGUUGCGACCUGCCCUUCGCCGCCUCCGACGGAGGAGACAGCCGGCCCCGCUCGCCCUCCGCCCCUUGGGCCCAGAAGCGGACGGAGCUUUGCCCCGCAGCCCACCUGCCCCGGGACCCUCCGCCCGUUCGCCCUCCCGCCCUCUUCCUCCUCUUUUUCUCCGCCCCCGCGCGCCGUCGGCCCGAGAGCCGCCUCCCUCCUGCCCCCGCCGGCCCACUCCUCCCGUCCGGCGGAGGCGGCGACCGGGAGGCACGUGCCCGGAGCGUCUCUGCCGGUUCGGCCCAGACGGGGAGUUGCGACCUGCCCUUCGCCGCCUCCGACGGAGGAGACAGCCGGCCCCGCUCGCCCUCCGCCCCUUGGGCCCAGAAGCGGACGGAGCUUUGCCCCGCAGCCCACCUGCCCCGGGACCCUCCGCCCGUUCGCCCUCCCGCCCUCUUCCUCCUCUUUUUCUCCGCCCCCGCGCGCCGCCGGCCCGAGAGCCGCCCCCCUCCUGCCCCCGCCGGCCCACUCCUUCCGUCCGGGGGAGGCGGCGACCGGGUGGGGGGGGAGGGCCGGGGGGCGCCGCUCGAGGCCGCUUACCGCGCGCUCCUCCCGCCCGUCCGGCUGACCGCCCCGCGUCCCCUCCGCGCCGGCCGAGGAAGUGACGUCACUGCUGUCCCGGCGACGCCCCCGCCCAGCCCCUCGCGCGCCAUGUGGCCGCCCCCGCCGCUCCCCGCCGGCCUCCUCCUGCUCCUGCUCCUGCUCCUGCUCCUGGUGCUGCUUUGCCGCCGCCGCCGCCGCCUCCCUGCCCGCUUGCCGGCCAAGGGGAAGGCGGUGCUGAUCACAGGCUGUGACAAGGGCUUCGGUCACGCCUUGGCCAUCCAUCUUCACGCAGAAGGAUUCACUGUCUUUGCCAGCUGUUUGCUCCUGGACCAAGGCGGAAAUGGCGCCCAAGAGCUGUGCCGUGUGGGCUCUGGGCGGAUGCACGUCCUCCAGCUGGACGUGUGCUGCGAAGAGCAGGUGGCCCGAGCCCUCCGUUACGUGGAGGCUCGACUGGAGGACCCUGCCCGAGGUCUGUGGGGCUUGGUGAACAAUGCUGGAAUCGCCUCCUUUGGAGACGUGGAAUUCACCAGCGUGGAGAAGUACCAGAGGGUGGCUGACAUCAACUUAUGGGGGACCAUCCGUGUGACAAAAGCUUUUCUGCCCCUGAUCCGCAGGGCCAGAGGGCGGAUCGUCAACAUGAGCAGCAUGCUGGGCCGGAUGGCCAGGCCGAUGCGCUCCUCCUACUGCGUCUCCAAGUUUGGGGUGGAGGCCUUCAGCGACUGCCUGCGUCAGGAGAUGUAUCGCUGGGGUGUCUCCGUGGUGGCCAUCGAGCCGAGCAACUUCAUCGCAGCCACAGGGAUCCUGACCCCCGAGGGCAUCGAGGCUGAGGCCGAGCGCAUGUGGCGUGGGGCCAGUGAGACCGUCCAGGCAGAUUACGGAGAGGCCGACUUCCAGGAGAAGCUCUCUCGGAUGAAGGGCUUUGCACACAGCGGCCUGCGAGAUGUCUCCCUGGUCCUGGAUGCCCUGACUGAAGCCCUCGCUGCACGUCACCCCUACAGCCGCUACACCCCUAUGGAGGCCUCCUGGUGGCUCUGUCUGCAGGCCACAACCCACCUGCCCACUGCCCUGGCUGACUGGCUCUUUGUCAGCUAGGCAGCCCCAGGUCGAAUGGAGAAGCCGUCCCUCGGGGCCUCCUCCAAGGGGGUGGUCAAAUCAUGUCCAGGUGAAUUAAAAGCAAUCAUAGUAGCCAAGAUAUCCAGGUGAGGGGGAAAAAUCCCAAAUCCAUUGAGACAAUCUCUCUUAAUCAGCGUGGCAGAAAGAGUCAUAAGACAGAGCCAAGUUCUGAGCUUCCAGAACUCUCCCUAAUGCAAGAUGCUUAGAUGGGGGGGGGCACAUUUUAACAGAAUAACGGAGUUGGCAGGAACCUUGGAGGUCUUCUAGUCCAACCCCCUGCUCAGGCAGGAAACUUAUAGAUGUUGCAAACCCUCAUUUGCCUGGUUCACCCUUGAACCCUGAACAUCAUCCGGCCUUGCUUGAUGAUGGGAGACUGCACGGCUGGAAACAUCCUGAGCGGAAGUUGUGGUGGGACCCAAGUUGCCUGCAGAAAAUGUGCCUUGCGUAUGUGGUCCAAACUGUAUAUGUAAUAUCAACUGACUAAUUAAAUUACAUUUUUAGAUUUAA